AAACACUGCUAGUUGGAGCUGAGCUGCCCAACUACGGCAGCUGCCAGGCCCAGGAACAGAUCAAGGACCUCAACCACACUGACUACCAGCCCCACCGGAGCCAGAUCCAGCCGCCAGCUCUGGCUCAUCUUGCUCCAGUGCCAUGACCAUCUCCGAGAUCCUGGACCGCGUGGGCAGCAUGGGCCCCUUCCAGUUCCUGUAUGUGGCCAUGCUGUCCAUCCCCAUCCUCAACAUGGCCAACCACAACCUGCUGCAGAUCUUCACCGCUGCCACCCCUGCCCACCACUGUCGCCUGCCCCCCAACACCUCUGCAGGGGCCUGGGUGCUCCCUGUUGGCCCAAAUGGAAAUCCUGAGAGGUGUCUCCGUUUCAUACAUCCACCCAACGCCAGCCUGCCCAAUGACACCCAGAGGGCCACUGAGCCGUGCCUGGACGGCUGGAUCUACAACAGCACCACGGACACCAUUGUCACAGAGUGGGACUUGGUGUGUAACUCCAACAAACUGAAGGAGAUGGCCCAGUCUAUCUUCAUGGCAGGCAUACUGAUUGGAGGGCUUGCACUUGGAGACCUGUCUGACAGGUUUGGCCGCAAACCCAUCUUGACCGGCUGUUACCUGCUGCUGGCAGCCAGUGGCUCAGGCGCAGCCUUCAGCCCCACCCUGUCCGUCUAUAUGGCCUUCCGUUUCCUGUGUGGCUGUGGCAUCUCAGGCAUUAUACUGAGCACCGUUACCCUGAAUGUGGAGUGGGUACCCACCCAGAUGCGGGCCCUCACAUCGACAGCAAUCGGGUACUGCUAUACCCUAGGCCAGUUUAUCCUGCCCGGCCUGGCCUAUGCUAUCCCUCAGUGGCGCUGGCUGCAGUUAACCGUGUCUGUUCCCUUCUUCAUCUUCUUCCUGUCAUCCUGGUGGACACCAGAGUCCAUACGCUGGAUGGUCCUGUCUGGAAAGUCCUCAAAGGCCCUGAAGGUACUCCAGCGGGUAGCUGCCUUCAAUGGCAAGAAGGAGGAAGGAGAAAGGCUCACCUUGGAGGAGCUCAAACUCAACCUGCAGAAGGAGAUCGCCUUGGCCAAGGCCAAGUACAGUGCAACUGACCUAUUCCGGAUACCCAUUCUACGCCGCGUGACUGUCUGUCUUUCCCUGGCCUGGUUUGCCACUGGUUUUGCCUACUAUAGUUUGGCUAUGGGUGUGGAAGAAUUUGGAGUCAACCUCUACCUUCUCCAGGUCAUCUUUGGCGGGGUCGACAUCCCAGCCAAGUUCAUCACCAUCCUCUCCUUAAGCUAUGUGGGCCGGCACACCACUCAGGCUGCUUCCCUGCUCCUGGCAGGAGGAGCCAUCUUGGUUCUCAUCUUUGUGCCCUUGGACAUGCAGACCCUGAGGACAGCAUUAGCAGUGUUUGGAAAGGGAUGCCUGUCCAGCUCCUUCAGCUGCCUCUUCCUCUACACAAGUGAACUGUACCCUACAGUCAUCCGGCAAACAGGUAUGGGUGCAUGUAACCUGUGGACCCGUGUUGGAAGCAUGUUGGCCCCACUGGUGAAAAUCACGGCUGAGGUGCAUCCUUUCAUCCCCAAUAUCAUCUACGGGAUCAGCGCCCUCCUGGCAGGCAGUGCUGCCCUCUUCCUACCUGAGACCCUCAAUCGGCCCUUGCCAGAGACUAUCGAAGACAUGGAAAAAUGGUUCCUGAGGGCAAAGGAGCCAAAGCAAGAGGCAGAAGCAGAAAAAGCAUCCCAGAUGAUCCCUCUACAGCCUUAUGGACCAGGCCUGGGCUCCAGCUGA